AUGCCACCAAUGGAUCACGACAUGGUAAAGCGAAUGAGCAUGGGUGGAGAGAGUCCCAGCCCAGAGUGCUACGCAACAAACCUCCCCUUCCUUCAGACGCUGGCAUUCUGUAUCUCCACGCACUGCGAGUCCGUUGAGACAUGGGAGGUGGAGAAGUGGUGGGAGACCUUCGUGCCCGGACGGAUGCCCUCGCAACCCAAGCCACGGCUCACGUACCAGCAAAGCCUUGCUACUAUUCCAAACCCGCCAAACUCUACCACGCCCGCGGAUGAGAUGCUGUCUUCCGUCAGUCUGGUCUCCGAAGAGGAUUAUGCGGCGAACUUCAAUGGGGAUCAUACCUUCGAGAUCAACGACGCUCGUCACGAAACGUACGGAUUGAUAUUAAUAACAAGCGGCGCCAUCAUCCCAAUAGCACUGUCGUGCUUGCGAGGGCUGCCGCUACCACGAGCCUUCGUCAGCCGCUUCAAGGCCAUACUUAUCGACCCUCCACUGUUCAGUGGCCGCCAUCGUGUACCAUGGUUCAACUCAUUCGAGGUUCCCACUCGAGGUCAAGCCAUCUUCAUUGCAUACCUGGUGGUCGCCAAUAUUGUUCUCUCCUCAGUGGGAUAUACUAUCUCGAGUCCCAAUAGCUGGUAUGUGGACAGCAAAUCGCAGCUCGCAAACUACAUUGCCAAUCGCACGGGCGUGCUGAGUGCGGUGAACAUGGCUCUGCUGGUACUAUACAGUGGCCGGAACAACAUCUUGCUCUGGAUCACCGACUGGUCGCACUCCACGUUCCUCCUCCUCCAUCGAUGGGUGGCGAUCAUCUCCGUCGUCCAAGCCUGUUUGCACAGCGCAAUGUACGUGCAGUCGUACGUGGUCGCCUACAAGGAAUACACGAGCGAGUCGUCUCGCGUGUACUGGAUCUGGGGCAUUAUAUCGACGUUGGCACUUACUCUCCUCCUCCCGGCCUCCGUUCUCCCGUUCCGCACGAAGAUCUACGAGCUAUUCCUUGCCGUUCACGUGUUUUUCGCCUGUUUCGCUCUCCUUGGAUACUACCUGCACAUCGCCUAUCGUUUCGGGCAUCAAUGGGGCUACGAGACUUGGGUGUACAUUGCGUUCGCCUUCUGGGCAUUCGACCGCCUUCUCCGGAUACUUCGAUUGGCACGAAACGGUAUUGUGAACGGGCGUGUCACCAUCAUCGACGAUGACUACGUUCGGCUCGAUGUCCCGGGAGUCUCUUGCAACGGACAAGCCUACCUUUACUUCCCUACGCUUACCUGGCGUGUAUGGGAGAACCACCCAUUCUCCGUUGCCAGCGGAAUGAUGACUCUCAACGAGGGGUCGAACAACAAACGCGGCAACAUCGAUGAGAAGUCACCGUCUGCGGCAGUUCAAGACCCGUUAUCCGACGACACUUCAUCGACCCAGUCGUCCGACCGUAUCUCUGCGACCACCGGCCAGCACAAGGUAGGCGCAACGUUCUUCAUCCGGACCCAUACCGGCCUCACACAUGAAUUGCGAUCGCGAAAGACGGUACCUCUCCUGGUGGAGUCAUCGUACGGCAAAAGCCUCUUGUUCGAUCCCGAGCAUGACCUCCACACGCACCCCAACCUCAUCUGCAUCGCCGGCGGCGUCGGCAUCACUGCUGUGGCUCCUCUCCUGGCGAGGCAUGCCGGCCGAAAGAAGCUCUACUGGGGUGUGCGUACGGCCCCAUUGGCCGAUGCUCUCCGUGAUACGUGGGAGACUGCUGCGUUUGCUGGCCUGGAGAAGCAUAUCGUGGUUGGCGACAGACUGGAUUUACGGGCCAUCCUCGGAUCCGAGAUUGCACGGGAAGCUGUCGGCGGUGAAGGAACAAUGAUCGUGGUCAGCGGGCCUGCGGCGAUGGCGGAUGAGGUCCGAUUCAGGGUGUCGAAGCUUGCUGGGUCCGAGAAGGCCGCUAUUGUGACCUUUGUUGAGGAGUCCUAUAGCUGGUAG